GCGCACCGCGCCUUUCCUGUUCCCGCGUAUUUCCGGCGCUUGCUGUUGUCGUCCGCUACGCCGCUACGCUUUGAAAUGAUCGCCGCGCUCUUCGACGAAGAUGAUGAGUUUGGUCAAUUUCUGGAGGACCGACGUCGACGAAAACGACGCCGAAGAUUUAUUUUGGAGUGCCUGGACGACGUUUUCUCGGAACCAGCAGAUCCACCAAGCCAAGGCAUUCGUGAUUAUGUCUGCAACGUUGUCCCCCUGUACACGGACCUGGAGUUCAAGGAGCAUUUUCGAAUGUACAGGCCAACAUUUGAACUCCUGUAUGAUGUUACGCGACGGAAAGUGAGCGAAAACACCUUCAGGAUCCCGUUGAAGACAAAGAUGUUGAUGACGCUUUGGCUCCUUGGCAACCAGGAGUCUUACAGGGGUGUUGCUGAUCGCUUCGGUGUGAAUAAAGGCACAUUAUUCUUUGUCGUGGAGCAGAUGAUCUGUCUUUGGACAGAUUGUGCCCAAGGAGAGGUUGUCUGGCCCACUGACAUUGAUGGGGUCGAAAGAAGCUUCAGGACACGCUGGAGAUUUCCAGGUGUAGUUGGUGCUGUGGAUGGGUGCCACAUAAACAUUAAAGCACCAAAAGAUGACCAAUCUGCCUUCUACAACAGGCAUGACGUGCACUCAGUUAUCUUGCAAGCCUGUUGUGAUCAAGACAUGUGUUUUUCACACAUCUGUGUAGGGAAACCAGGCAGGAUGCACGAUGGCCGUGUGUACGCCAUGUCUGGCCUCGAGGACUUUCUCGUUUGCCUUCCUGAAGACAAGCAUGUUCUUGGUGACUCGGCGUAUCCACUGAAAAUAUUCCUUAUGAAACCAUAUAGAGAUGAUGGCAGACUUACUCCCCAGCAAGUAAAAUUCAAUAACAUACUGAGCGCAGCACGCUCGGUCAUUGAAAGGGCCUUCGGGCGCCUAAAGGGGAAGUUCCGGCGCCUGAAGUUCCUCGAUUUCCUUCUUUAA